AGCAAAAAAAAGAAAUAUAUUUAAUCUGCUGAUGAAGUACUUAAAAUUGACUAUUCUGUUUUAUAACUACAAUCGCAGCUCGAUUUGCACUAGUCGCUAGAUCAAAAGUAAGGAGGAACCUAUAGUUCGAAAUGAAGACAUUUGUACUUCUAGCCGUUUUGGGUUUUGCCUUGGCUCUUCCUCAAUAUGAUUCUAACCAUAUGGUUGUGGUGAGAGACAUGAUCGGAGAUUUCAUCAACAAGACAAUAAAUAGUAAUCUAGCCAACUUGACAGAACCUGUCACAAUUGAUUCGUUACAUAUCGAUUUUGAUAGCGAAGAAAGCGAUACAUUGAGCGGUGCUCUUAAUGUGACUGAUGCUCAUAUUAUAGGCAUUAAGAAUUUGGUUGCAAAACAAAUCUCAGUUAAUCUCACGAGUAUGGAUGUUGACUUAGAAUUGGAGAUCAAUAAAUUGAUUGUGAACCUCGACUACUGGGCAGACAUGGUGCUUCUUAAGCUUCUGCCCCUAUACGGUAGUGGCAAGAUGAAUAUUGUCCUUGAAGAUUUUGAUGUUACCGUGGCCGGACAUGCAGAUAUUACCGAUGGAAUUAGUUUGGACAACGUUACCAUUGGCAUUGGUCUUAGUGCCGCUACUUUCGAUUUACAUGGGUUGAUCGACAACACAGAAUUCAGUUCCCUAAUCAGCGCGGCCCUUAACGAUAAUUUCGUCACUUUCGUCAACGAGCAUCGCCAGGUCGUCACCAACCUCAUCAGUCCGAUUGUAGAGAAUAUCCUCCAUCAAAUCUUGAACCCCUCAAACGACGAUGACGAUACCCUUAAAAAAGCGCUGCUUAUAGAAGAAUACAAGCUGUACUAAUAAACGAUACAUGUAGUUGUAUAAUAAUGCUGUUGUAUAUUUAUUAUACUUACUUGUAAAUAGAAUAGGAAUAAUAAUUCUUUUAGCAAGAAUA